AUGGCGCGCUGCUCACAGUGUGAGGCGAUUCGCCGUUCCCUCCGUCUCUGCUUCGAUGGCGUCUCCUCGCGUGGAUCUGAUAUCCUCCCUCGGCCUCUGUUCCUGUCUGCCGCGGCGCCCGCGCAUCCUUUCUUUCCUUCCCUCGGUUUGCCUUCUUGUGCGGCCGCCGCCAGCUCUCGCGACCGCCUCAAAGCCUCCAUCGUCGCUUCUUCGUCUGCUGUCUCAGGCCAGCAUCCCAGGAGUGGCGAAGAGGCUGAAGGAGCGCUCUGCGGCCUUUGGGGGCAAAGCAACGCAAGCCGAAAGACAGACGGGCGCAGCGCGUUGAGAGCGGUGUCGUGUUUCACACGGGAUCGAGAUGCAACAGAGAACGCGCAUGCCGUCUCGUCUCAGCGGCGAUUGCUGAGUUCUGAACUCGAGAAGCCCAUGAAGCAACGCGCGCACCUCCUUGUGCCCCCUGCGCGACGUUUCUCUCACCUCUCUGUUAGUUCUCCCCGGCAGUCGGCUCCUUCGGGUCCGCCGUCGCCUCCCUCGUCGUCUGCCUCUUCUGUGUCCUCGCCCUGUCGUAGCGCGGCUUCGCUCCCGUGGUUCCACGUCUCCCGCCCCUCGUCUUCGCUUUCGUCUUCUUCGCCGCAAAGCGCUUUCCGCUUGGCGCCUCCGCGGCGACAGGAGGGCGCGCGCUGUUCACAACCUCAGUGCGCAUUCUGUGCUGCCGAGCGGCCUCACUGGCGCGCCGCCUCCACACGCUCGCGGGUGUUGCCCUCACCGCCUGCUGUGAUUCCCGCGACGCCCUGCUCCCCUCCGUCUCCGCUUGCCUCUCGCGUCUCCGCGCCGCUUGCCGCGUCCUCAGACCCGUUAGACUCGUCUGGCCUUCUCUGGGCGUCGGUCGGGGGCUCGCCGCUUGUCGCGGGUUUGUCUUCUUCACGUUCGCUACGCCGGCGCUUUGCGAGUUUUGCGCGGCUGGAGCGCGUGCUGGCAGAGCUGAAGGCCUCGAGGGUGAGUAAAACCGACCCCCUCGAGCAGGAAGAAGUCUCCACAGACGCCGCCGCGGGCGCAGACGAGACAGUCAUCGACGCGUCCUCGAUGACGGCAGAGACGACAGGCGAGCCACAGCUCCUCGACAGCCCCGGCCGCGACCUCCUCAUAGGCCGCCGGAGAUCCUUCCGGACUCUGAAGAGACACCGCAUCCGCGAGAGCGUCUCACUGGAGGAUGCAGAGGUCACCGAGGCCUCUCUGACGGCCUCUUGCCUUUUUGGCGCGGAUGAUCUCACGGCUCCGCGCCAGCUGUCAGCUGCCAGCUCUUCGCUUGCUUCCGCGGCGCCGGAAGGCCCGCCGCCGCAUGCGUCGUCCUUUCUUGUGUCGCCUUCUGGCUCUUCGCCGGUGUCUUCCGCGGCGCCGCCUCCUGCGUCCUCCUCGUGUUGGAGCGUGAUGAAGAGCUUGACGGAAGAAGACGUUGAGAACUUUCCGCGCUACGAGAAGCCUUUUGUGGACUUCAUGUGGUGCGAGGCGAAGGCCGGUAACGGCGGCAAACCGAAGCAAAACGCAGUCCGAAGCCGCAACUUCCGCGGUCCAGGCUACGGCGGCCACGGCGGGAAUGUGAUUUUGGAGGCGGACAUAAAGUGCCACGACUUUCUUCAGCUCGAAGAAACGCUGCGAGCCGACGACGGCGGGGACGGCGAAGGCACCAGUCGCGGCCUGCAUGCGAAGGACAAAGUCAUAAAAGUUCCGCUAGGCACAAUCGUGAGGAAGCGCGUGCCGACCGGGCGCCUCAGCCGCGAGGGCCGCCGGUACAAGGAGAGCAUUUUCUGGGGGCGAGGCGGCAUCGCUCCAAGCACCUUCAAGAAGAAAGACGGCAGGCCUCCGGAGCCGGGCGAACGGAAUUCCCUCGAGCUGGAGCUGCGCUUGCUGAACGACGUCGCGCUGCUCGGCGCGCCAAACAGCGGAAAGACCGCCUUUGCUGCAGCUGUCACCAGAUACCAAUCCAAGAUCGGUUCGGAAGGCCUACAAACGCGCAGACCACACAUCGGCACGCUGCGCUACGUCGAUGGGGUGGAGUUCAAGCUCAUGGAUCUGCCUGCGCUUUGCCCCGGAGCGCAUCAGGACAAAAAAAGGGGCAUGCGCGUCCUCCGGCACUUGUAUCGGUCUCGCCUGCUUGUCUACGUGAUCGAUGUCGCCCGGGGGAGCUCCGUCCACCGCCGGCCUGCGAUCAAAGAGGAGAAGGAUCGUCUGCUGCUGACUGGAGAUACAGACUUCCAGGGGUCGCCCUCAGAGGGCGAGGCUGGCGAAGCGCACUACGCAGGCGUUACCGGACAGGGUGACCCGCUCGAGGACUUCUUGUAUUUGCGAGAAGAGGUCAUGAAGCAUCGCAAAGACAACGAAGGCAAGAAGGAGUUGAUCAUCGCCACAAAGUGCGACGCCCUUCACCGGGGGUCGCUCUAUCACCUCGACUCUCUAUAUUACCGCCUGCGGAGCCAGUAUCCCGAGAUCCCGAUUGUCGGUGUUUCCGCUCGGUUCGGCUUGGGCUUACAAGAGGCUGUGAGCACGAUUCGUCAGUUGCUAGGCCCCGAGGACUGGCUUGUCAAAGAGCGGCGCGUCCAGAUGGACGAGUCCUGGGAGGAGUUUUUACUGCCAAACCAGGCCGAAGAAGACAGGGCUCUGCGACGGCUCGACUUUUUCCCCCUCCCGCCUGUCAAUCUCCCAGCAAACGUCGGCGUAUCGACCCACCCUCCGCCGUCACUGACAACAAAGAUUGUGGGAUCACACGGAUUCUCCGAGGGUGUCAAGAAGCCUUUGAAUCCUUCUCAAGCAUCCGGGGUGGGCACGAUUGCCACAGACCUCGAUGAAGGCUGGCUGGUAGAAGGAAAACACGGAGAUCUCUAA